CGGACGACGUCGUGGAUCGAGCAGCGUACUAAGCCAUGCGUAUUCCCAUAUGGAUCCGAUAAGUUCGAUGUGGACAAAAGCGAAUUAGAAAUACAGCGCAACGCCACCGAUGACGAAAUUCGGCUGUAACAGAGAUAGAAGUGAACUGAAGUGAUCUCUGGGGAGCAGCAGCCUGCCCAGUCGAGGCGUAGGAAUAAAAUCAAAUGCCAAGUGAUAUUACCAGUGCGGCAGUGGAAAAGUUUACUCCCUUCGGACGCGAUUAGAAAUCGAAGUUCGAGAUACAAGAUACAAGAUCUGAAAUAUCUGAAGUUUCUCGCUCGCUCGCUCGCUCCCUGCUAAUGCCAAACUAAUUAUAUUAGAGUCGAGCGCGUGUCCCCUUUCGGAUCGGAAAGUGCUAAUCAACCGCUGGCUAAUUCAAAGACAAUCAAUCCACCCAGCUAAAACAAGUCCCCUGUAAUGCCAGAGUGCAUAUAGUGCAAUUCAACUCCAAUUAGUGUAAUCCAACCUGCCAAUCCACCAGCCAUGCAGUCAAUGAAAGCCGAUGAACUGCCGGAGAAUCCGCGCGAGCGCUCCAAUCCCCUAUCCUCGCUCUUUUUUUGUUUUGCCAUGCCCGUGCUUUUCAAGGGGCGGAAGAAGACCCUGGAGCAGAAAGACCUUUAUAGGGCACUCAAAGAGCACAAGUCAGACUCUCUGGGAGAUCGUUUGUGUACCGCUUGGGAUGAGCAAGUGGCCAAAAAUGGGACACCAAGUCUGGGUCGAGCCCUGAUGAAGGUUUUUGGCUGGAAGUUGUUAGUAACUGGUUUUUCCCUGUUCCUCCAGGAAUUCCUAACUAAGGUCACACAGCCCAUUUGCUUAUUCGGGGUAAUGGCCUACUUUUCCGGAAAUGAUCCGGACCUCACCAAGGCCCAGCUCUAUGCCGCUGGCCUGAUAGCGGGCUCUGUGUUCAGUGUUUUAAUUGGACAUCCCUAUAUGUUGGGGCUACUCCAUCUGGGCAUGAAAAUGCGUGUUGCUCUCAGCAGCCUCAUUUAUAGAAAGGCUCUACGGCUAAGUAGAACAGCUUUAGGCGACACCACCGUGGGUCAGGUGGUCAAUCUCCUGUCCAACGAUGUGGGACGCUUCGAUUCGGUUCUAAUCAACGUACACUACCUGUGGAUAGCUCCGAUGGAGCUGAUUCUAGUCACCUACCUGAUGUACCGAGAGAUUGGAAUAUCUUCUCUGUUUGGCAUAGCUAUAAUGCUGCUCUUUCUACCCUUCCAAUCCUACCUGGGCAAACGGACCAGUGUGCUCCGACUGCGGACUGCCUUGCGCACCGAUGAACGCGUCCGGAUGAUGAACGAGAUUAUCUCAGGCAUUCAGGUGAUCAAGAUGUAUGCCUGGGAGAAGCCCUUUGGCAAAGUAGUGGAGCUAACACGCUUCAAUGAGAUGCUGUGCAUCAAGCAAGUCAACUACAUACGCGGCAUUCUCAUCUCCUUCGCCAUGUUCCUGUCCCGUGUCUUCGUCUCCUCCAGUCUUAUUGCCUUUGUCCUGCUGGGGAACAUCCUUAAUGCCGAGAAGGCCUUCUUUGUCACCGCCUACUACAAUAUCCUGCGACGCUCUGUGACUAUGUUCUUCCCGCAAGGCAUCUCCCAGUUUGCUGAGCUCCUGGUCUCUGUGCGUCGCCUGGAGACGUUCAUGCACCGACCAGAGACUCAGGUCAGGGAUAAGUCAAAAAGUCCCGCUCCCGCACCAAAAGGGGAUUCACUAAAUGGAGACAGUCCCAAGAGCAAUGGUCUGUCGGAGAAUCUGAUCGAGUUCAAUCAGUUCCAGGCCCGCUGGGAGAGCCAUUCGGUGGAGCCCACGCUGGAGGACAUAAAUCUGCAGCUGGGACGUCGCAAACUGGUGGCCGUCAUUGGACCCGUGGGAGCUGGCAAGUCCAGCUUAAUUCAGGCAGUGCUUGGCGAGUUGCCGGCGGAGAGCGGAAGCUUAAGGGUCAGUGGAAGUUAUUCUUAUGCCGCCCAGGAGCCUUGGCUCUUCACUGGCUCCGUGCGUCAAAACAUUCUAUUCGGCUUGGAGUGGGACAAGCAUCGCUAUCGCACCGUGGUCAAGAAGUGCGCCCUGGAGAGAGACUUUGAGCUAUUGCCAUAUGGCGACAAGACAAUCGUGGGCGAGCGUGGAGCUUCGCUUUCGGGUGGCCAAAAGGCCAGGAUUAGUUUGGCGCGGGCGGUGUAUCGACGAGCGGACAUUUACCUGCUGGAUGAUCCCCUUAGCGCCGUGGAUACCCAUGUGGGACGCCAUCUCUUCGACCAGUGCAUGCGCGGUUACUUGCGAAGCGAUCUUGUGAUUCUGGUCACGCACCAGCUGCAGUUUCUGGAGCAGGCUGACCUAAUUGUGAUAAUGGAUAAGGGUCGCGUUAGCGCCAUGGGCACGUACUCAUCCAUGAAGCGCAGUGGCUUGGACUUUGCUCAACUUCUCACGGCACCCAAUAAAGAGGAUGAGGCACUGGAGGAGACAGAGUUUGCCAUAGGCGACGGUGUGGAUCGCUUGGGUGUGCCCUCACUGAGCAGAAGAGACAGCAAGAUCAGCAAGCCGAGCACGCGGAACAACAGCUUCACCUCGUUGAGCUCCAUGGCGGAAUCAAUGGCCCAGGAGGCGGCAUUGCAGCUGCAGGAGACACGAGUGGAGGGCAAGAUCGGUCUGGGACUGUACAAGGAGUAUUUGACAGCGGGCAGCAGCUGGUUUAUGCUCUCCUUCAUGGUGUUUCUCUGCCUGGCCACGCAGAUCCUGUGCUCAUUUGCGGAUUACUUUUUGUCUUAUUGGGUGGACAAAAACACCGAUGGCACUGACAUAAGCUCAGAUCCGGAGGAUAUGUACUACUUUGCCGCCCUCAAUGUGGCCGUGGUGGUCUUCACCAUCGUUCGGACAAUGCUCUUCUACAAAAUGGCCAUGCACAGCUCCACGCAUUUGCACAAUGCCAUGUAUCGCGGCAUAACCAGAGCUGCCAUGUACUUCUUCAACACGAAUCCCUCGGGUCGCAUUCUGAACCGCUUCUCCAAGGAUCUGGGACAAGUGGACGAAGUCCUGCCCUCUGUUAUGCUGGAUGUGGUACAGAUCUUCCUCACUCUGCUCGGCAUCAUCAUUGUGAUCUGCAUCACCAAUCCCUACUAUCUGAUCCUGACGCUUGCCCUGGCAAUUAUUUUCUAUUACAUAAGAGAGUUCUACCUGAAGACUUCGAGGGAUGUUAAACGAUUGGAGGCGGUGGCCAGGUCGCCGAUUUACUCGCAUCUGGGAGCCACCAUCAGUGGCUUGCCGACAAUUCGUGCUUUGGGAGCUCAGAAGGAACUGAUAGCUGAGUUUGACAAUCUUCAGGAUCUGCAUAGCUCCGGCUAUUACACAUUCCUGGCCACGAAUCGAGCCUUUGGCUAUUAUCUGGACUGCUUCUGCACGCUGUAUAUUGUUAUCAUCAUCCUCAAUUACUUUAUUAACCCACCGAAAAGUCCCGGCGAGGUGGGCUUGGCCAUUACCCAAGCAAUGGGCAUGACGGGAAUGGUGCAGUGGGGCAUGCGCCAGUCGGCGGAGCUGGAAAACACAAUGACCGCAGUGGAACGAGUGGUGGAGUACGACGAAAUCGAACCAGAGGGUGAGUUUGAGUCCCGAGAGGGUAAGAAACCCCCACCGAAUUGGCCCGAAAGGGGCGAGAUCAUCACAGAGGAUCUGUGUCUGCGCUACUUCCCGGAUCCCCAGGCUAAGUAUGUGCUCAAAGCACUGAAUUUCCGUAUCCGACCUUGCGAAAAGGUGGGCAUCGUUGGACGCACUGGAGCGGGCAAGUCAUCGCUGAUCAACGCCCUCUUCCGACUGUCCUACAACGAAGGCAUCAUCACCAUCGACGAGAGGGACACGUCUGAGAUGGGACUCUUCGAUCUCCGCAGCAAGAUAUCCAUUAUACCCCAGGAGCCAGUGCUUUUCUCCGGCAGCAUGCGUUACAACCUGGAUCCCUUCGAGGAGUACAACGAUGCCAAGCUGUGGGAGGCCCUCGAAGAAGUCAAAUUGAAGCCUCUGAUUGCUGAACUGCCCAGUGGACUGCAGAGCAAGAUUAGCGAAGGGGGCGCCAAUUUCAGCGUGGGCCAGCGCCAGUUGGUGUGCCUGGCGAGAGCGAUUCUUCGGGAGAAUCGGGUCCUUGUGAUGGAUGAAGCUACGGCCAAUGUAGACCCACAGACGGAUGCCUUGAUACAGGCCACAAUCCGGAGUAAAUUCCGCGACUGCACGGUGCUGACCAUAGCCCAUCGACUCAACACGAUCAUGGACUCGGAUCGCGUGCUUGUGAUGGAUGCCGGUCAUCUGGUGGAGUUUGGUUCACCUUACGAACUCUUAACGGCCACCGAGUCUAAGAUCUUCCAUGGCAUGGUGAUGGAAACGGGUCAGAAAAGCUUUGACAGCCUCCUCAAGGUAGCCGAGAAGGCCCAUCUGGAGGCGGGGAAACCGAAAUCGGAGUAGAUCCGAUGGCUCUGGUUUAUACUUAGUAUAUUAAGGUCUCAACUCCUGCAAAUUUGUACCUAAUCCAGCCAGCUGCAUUUAAGUUAAUUUGCUACUUAAAGUAUUAUAUGCCUUCGAACCUUACAUACCCUACACAUAGAUUUACUGAAGCAGCCCAUCGAAUGGUUAAAUACAUAAAGAGUCUCAAAUAUUAAGACUAAUUUUAAUUUUUCAAUUAUAUAAAAAGGCAAUAUAAAACAAAG